AUGCGCUUCCUCUCCUUUUUUGCGCUCCUGUCCACCGCGGCAGCGGCGAUCGUCAACUACCCACGCGCCUCCUUCUACCCGGAAUCCGAGGAAUUCAGCCUGACAGUGGGCGGCAAGAAGAUCGACACGGUCAACUUUGCCAACAACUACGACUAUGCCCACCUCGCCAUGGACGCCGGCUCGCCCGUCGAGUUCCGUCUCAAGGCCAAGACGCAGAAGUCAAUCACGAGCUACAUUCUCUCUCCCAGAGGACAGAACUUUGGUGCCAAGAUUAGCGGGAAUGAGCUCGUCUUUUCCGCAUCGAAGCCGCAGUACUUCAUCAUCCUGAUCAACAAAGUCAAGGAGAUGGUCAUCCUGGUCGAUCCGAUCGAGAAGGACGUGCCCAAGGACAAAGGCGAUGGCAUCUUCAAUGUGCUGGACUACAAGGCUGAUAAUUCAGGCAAGGCCAUCACCAAGGGGAUCCAGGAUGCGGCGGAUGCUGCUGCCAAGAAACCCGGCAGCAUUGUCUAUGUCCCCGCUGGCUCGUAUCUGAUGGGCAACCUGAUGUUGAAGAGCUUCACGUCUUUGUAUCUCGCUCCAGGUGCUGCUCUUCGGUUCACUGGAAACCGCAAUGACUACAAGACUCUCUUCACCAAGGCCGGCCUUUUUGACGGAACGUGGUGGAUCCAGACAGAGCCUGCGUCGGAUGGUGUUAAGAUCUACGGCCGUGGUACGAUCGAUGGAAACGGAAAGUACACCCGUUCACAGAAAUAUAUGGCCAGUCUUGUUGUCCCCGUCGGGACUAAGAACUUCAAGUACGACGGAGUGUUGGUGCGAGACGGGUCAUUCUGGGCAGUGACACCAAUCCAAGCCAAGGACGUUGAGUUCACCAACCUCAAGAUCCUGAACAGACACGACGUGACCCAGGACGAUGGAAUUGACGUCGUCGAGUCACAGAGGGUUACUGUCAAGCGUUCGAUUGCUAUUGCCAACGAUGACAGCUACUCGUGUAAGACGUGGGAGCCUAAUCUGGACACCACCAAGCCUUAUCCCUUCAAACCGCAAGUCGUCAAAGAUAUCGUGUUUGACGACUGCAUGUCAUGGACUGAAUGCUACAGUUUCAAGAUUGGCCAGGGUGUUGUUGAAGAUCAGUCCAAUGUCCUUUUCAAGAACGGUGUUGUCUAUAAUGCCGGGGUCGGCAUGGGAGUCCACCAUUUGUAUGGCUCAAAGACAGCCAGCAACAUCACCUUUGAUACCAUCGACGUGGAGAACCUGCACGGUAACAGUGGAGGCAUCGCCACAUGGCUGGCCCUUCAUAUCAAGGACAAUGGCAACAACCGUGGCGUCGGCCCAAUCAAGGACGUUACUGUCAAGAACAUCCGGGCCCGCGUGAAGGGCACUCGGGAAGGACUGAUCCAGGGAUGGAGUGACAAGUUCAAGGUUAGCGGAGUUACUUUCUCAAACGUCUUCAUGGGUGACAGCAAGACACCCGCCACGACGCUCAAGGAGAUGAACAUGGUCAACACUAGCUUCUCAGAGGGUAUCAAGUUCGCAAACACCAAGUAG